CAGGGAUUGCCGUGUCGGCGGCGGCCCGGAGUGGUCGGGGCGCUCAGCCGGGUCUCGCUCCAGGGCUCCGCCGGCCGCCCCGCCCCGCCCCGCCCCUCGAACCCGCCGAGCCGAGCGCGCCUGGGGCUGCAAAGUUUUGCCUUCAGUCCGCCCAGGCAGCGCGCAGGCUUGGGCUCGGCUCGGCUCUGCGUGGCUCCGGAUUGCCGUGACCGCUGGCCUUCCCGUGCGCCCAGCUGUGCGCCCCGCUCUGCCCCGCGCCCCGCGCGGAUCUCGGCAUCCCGAGCCCCCGCCUGCGUGCGCAGUCAGCGUGCCCUCCUGCCGCAGGGUCUGUUCUCAGCCUCCUGUGCGUCCUCGAUCUCCUUUCUCCUCCUCCCCGGCGGCUCUGGCCCCUUCGCCUCCGCCACCCAUCAUGGCUCGUGGCCCCGCUCGGACCAGCCUGGGACCCGGGUCCCAACAGCUGCCGCUGCUGUCGCUACUGCUGCUGCUGCUGCUCCGGGACGCGGACGGCAGCCACACGGCCGCCGCUCGGCCUGCCCCGCCCGCGGCCGCCGACGGCCUUGCAGGGGACAAGAACCCCCAGCGGUCUCCAGGAGACGUGGCCGCUGCACAGAGCCCAGGCGCCCAGGACAUGGUUGCUGUCCACAUGCUCCGGCUUUAUGAGAAAUACAGCCGAAGGGGCGCGAGGCCGGGAGGGGGCAACACGGUCCGCAGUUUCCGUGCCCGGCUGGAAGUGGUCAACCAGAAGGCCGUGUAUUUCUUCAACCUGACUUCCAUGCAAGAUUCAGAAAUGAUCCUGACGGCCACAUUCCACUUCUACGCAGAGCCACAGUGGCCCCCUGCGCGUGAGGUGCCCUGCAAACAGCGGGCCAAGAAUGCAUCCUGCCGCCUACUGCCCCCUGGCCCCCCCGCACGCCAGCACUUGCUCUUCCGCAGCCUUUCGCAGAACACGGCCACUCAGGGGCUGCUCCGUGGGGCCAUGGCCCUGCCACCCCCGCCGCGAGGCCUGUGGCAGGCCAAGGACAUCUCCCUCAUUGUCAAGGCGGCCCGCCGUGACGGCGAGCUGCUCCUGUCUGCUCAGCUGGAUUCUGGGGAGAAGGAAACAGGAGUGCCCAGGCUCGGCCCUCACGCACCCUACAUUCUCAUCUAUGCCAACGACCUGGCCGUCUCGGAGCCCAACAGCGUGUCAGUGACACUGCAAAGAUACGACCCCUUCCAGGCUGGGGACCCAGAGCCUGGUGCAGCCCCCAACAGCUCAGCAGACCCCCGCGUGCGCCGGGCCACGCAGGCCCCCGGGCCCCUCCAGAACAACGAGCUGCCUGGGCUGGAUGAGAGGCCAGCACACACCCCCCAUGGCCAGCACUACCACAAGCACGAGCUGUGGCCCAGCCCCUUCCGUGCGCUGAAGCCGCGGCCAGGCCGCAAGGACCGCAGGAAGAAGGGCCAGGAUGUGUUCAUGGCCUCCUCGCAGGUGCUGGACUUCGAUGAGAAGACGAUGCAGAAAGCCCGGAAGAAGCAAUGGGAUGAGCCACGGGUCUGCUCCCGGAGGUAUCUGAGGGUGGACUUCGCGGACAUAGGGUGGAAUGAGUGGGUCAUCUCACCCAAGUCCUUCGACGCCUACUACUGCUCGGGGGCCUGCGAGUUCCCGAUGCCCAAGAUGGUCCGCCCAUCCAACCACGCCACCAUCCAGAGCAUCGUCAGGGCCGUGGGCAUUGUCCCGGGCGUCCCAGAGCCAUGCUGCGUUCCCGACAAGAUGAGCUCUCUUGGGGUCCUUUUCCUGGAUGAGAACCGGAAUGUGGUUCUGAAGGUGUACCCCAACAUGUCCGUGGAGACCUGUGCCUGCCGGUAAGACCAGCUGCUCUGGAGUGGAAGGAGCCUGCCCUACCCACACACAGCAGGGUAGUAUUCUGGGAACCUUCUGGAGUGAGCACUUGAUUCAGGGUGCAGCUGCAAAAAUAGGGCAGAGCCCGCAGACAGCCAUCUGUCACCCCAGGGCAUUGCUCUGGGGUCUUUCAUUGCUGGUGAUUCAGCCUCCUCAAUGCCAGUUCGAAUCCUUUAAAGGGAUCUGGGAAUUAAACCUGACCUGAUGGCUUCUCACAGCCCAUCCCCUCUGCUCUGAAGGCCUGAAAACCAGCCAUAUCCAUAUGUUGGGUUUUGUGACCAUCAUCUCAUAACCUGGAAAGAAGACUACAAACUUGAAGGUGCUCACGCCCUUCAUAUGGAAAGAACCUCUGCUUAAAUAAUCAGUUUUAAAACACUUUGGGCCACAGAGUGAUGCUGGAAAAUGGAUAUGGAAUAUAAUACAAAUGGAUGUCUCCUCUCAAAAUCCACUGCAGAUGCUUUUAUACAUACAGCAUGCGCAUAUAACCAAUUUUGGCUUCUUUUUCUUAAUAUAUAUUUUAUUUUAAAACAAGAAGGAGGGAGUUGACACCAUUCCCCCACAGAGAGCGUCAUGCUGGUUGCGUGUGCAUUUUUUAAACCUGCUUAUUGAGAUAACCCAUACAGCAAUAAGUUGGAAUACUAAAACAUAACCAAGAUUUUAUAUUUUUGUAAAUUAUACUUUCUAUACUGUAGAUUGUGUAUGGUAUGUGUUUUUAUGGAAAGCUAAUAAAUUAAAGGGACAAUGGUAUCUUGAAAAA